UUUAUGCAAGUCAUUAUCUGCGUGUGGAGGGUGUAGUCAACAAAUACACGUCCGCCAAUUGUGUACCGACUGGCUCAGUUUUCAGUUUUUAGUCGAGACCGCAAUACAAACUUCGGACCACUCCUGCUUUCCCCUUCGGGAGCUACCAUAAAUAAGCAUGUCUUUUCUUGUGAGCUCCUUGUUGGACAUCCAGACAGCACUCCUCGGUGUGUUUGUCCUCCUCGUACUUGUCUGGCUGACAAGGAAGCCGAGAAACCUACCACCCGGGCCUCUCCGAGUGCCCAUCAUCGGGUCGGUCAUGGCUGUUGUAUGGGAGGCGUUACGACGGGGCACGGAACCCUACCGUAUCUUCGCCAAGCUUGCCGAGAAGUACGGGACGGUUUUCCAUGUGAAGAUUUUCAACAAGACUGUUGUUGUCCUGAACGACUACGCGUCUGUGAGAGAGGCAUUUGUCAACCCGAAGCUGAGUGACCGACCUAAGCUACUUCUGAAUGACUUUCUAAAGAGUGAAGGGGUAGCUACUGCAUCAGGGGAGAGAUGGGUGGAGCUUCGACGCUUCUGCCUGACUGUUCUAAGGAGUUUUGGGGUCGGAAGGUCAAGCUUCGAGGAUCAGAUCGGCACCGAGGCUAAAGCGUUGAUGGAUGAGAUGGUCAAGUUUGAUGGGAAGCCUUUCAACCCGAAGACCCUCCUCAGCAAUGCCGUGUCCAACGUUGUCUGCGCCGUGGUCUUAGGACAACGUUAUGAGUACUCCGACCGCAGAUUCACAGAACUGCUCUCCCUUCUGAGUCGCAACGUUCAACUCCUUGGGCCAGCAGGGUUCUUGAAAAUGACAUUUUACUCGCCCCACUUUCGUCAUGUUCCUUUCUCUGGACUGGGUGAAAUAGAAAACAAUUUUGGAAAACUCACACAGUUUCUAAAGAACAUCAUCGAUAAUCAUCGUGAGAAUUUUGAUGCUGACAAUGUGAAAGAUUUAACUGAUGCGUACCUACUGGAGAUCCAAGGUUCACCGGAAGAGAGGGUCACUGAUGGGGUUAACAAAUCAACAAAGCAUUGGCAUCUCAACGAAUGCAACAUGAUUGGGACCAUAGUGAAUCUGUUUGCAGCCGGCACGGAGACAACAGCCACGACACUUCAGUGGAGCAUCUUGUACAUGAUGGCUUACCCAGACAUCCAGAAGCGUGUCCACGCAGAGAUCGACGCCACAGUUGGUCGCAAUCGGUUGCCUCGUCUGGCCGACAAGCCCGGGCUAAACUUCACCUAUGCUGUCGUAUUAGAGGUUCAGCGCUUGGCCUCCAUUGCAGCCAUUGGACCCCCUCACUGUGCAAGCGAAGACACCAAGAUCUCUGGUUUCAACAUACCUAAAGACGCUAUCCUGAUCCCAAACUUGUGGAACAUCUUCCGAGACCCGAGUGUUUGGCCUGAGCCACUAGAGUUCAAACCUGAGAGAUUUUUGAACGCUGAAGGCAAGGCUGUGAAACCGGAGGAGUUGAUACCAUUCAGUACUGGUCGGCGAAGCUGCAUCGGCGAGCAUCUGGCCAAGAUGGAGAUUUUCGUCUUCUUCUGUUACUUCAUGCAUCGGUUUGAGUUCAAGAAACCAGACAACUCACCGCCGCUGAACCUCAAGGCUAAACCUGGUUUAACCCACUCUCCAGUUCCCUUUGACACACGUGCCAUCAAACGUGACUAACGCUAUAACCUACAAUGGC